GCGUCGGUGUGUAGGGUUAACAUAAAAGGGGGUGUGGUUUCGAUCAAUAACUAACCCAGUCUAGUGUAAUUUCAAAACACUGUCAAGGCACUUGCGGUUGCGUGUACUACGAAUAUGAAACUCGGAACAUAUUCUGAAGAAGAAUAAAAAACUGGGUAAUAUCUAUAGGCUUCUGAAGAGGAAAUUGCACGGGCGUGUUGCAUUAACGCGCGCAUUUGUUUGCCCUGAGUGAUACCAGACGGACAUCAUACUGUUGCUCGUCUCAUAUCGCACAUCAAAGGCUAUGCGAGCCGGAGACAAUAGUAGCGCUGAAGAAAAUACACCGAAGCGGAGUCUUUUUUAAUAUUCUGCCAGUCGUGCACUGUGUCAGAUUGGUUGUGCGAUGUGGUGUUGAAUUUAAAACACCCCCUGAUUUUCCAGCUCAGCAAACUGCUCUGAAGUACGUGCGUUUGGGGACUGCAACCAUCUUACAUAACUGGAUUGUUGAGAGAAUCAAGGACUGGUUUUGCUACAAAACACCUACGAAUCAUUCGGAUUGCAGCCCCAGAAUUUUUACAGGAACCUCUGAGGUCUCUACCGUGGGUUCUCCAAAUAUUUGCACUCCCGGCUGAAGUACCAACUCUGUCCAAGUGCUGCAAAGGGAAAAUAGUUUUGGUCAGAGAAAUGAAAAUCUGAUCAAUGGAGUCUUGGUUCAUUCAACUGUUAAACCUUAUGGAGUGUGACCAUCUCUCCUGAAUUUGCUGCACAGGAAACCGUGCUGCCUGAGGUGUUUUCCAUACAUGUCAAAAUGCAGAACGACUGUGUGUCUUCCAACAUGUCCGCACAAGGCCUGAACUUUGAUCAGGGGAGUGUGAAUGUUGGCUUGCAAGGCCCAAACACAUUCACAGUGGAAGCUGAUGUCAUCUUCCAUGCAGCAGGCCCAGAUUCUCCAGCUACAAUCGUAUCUGCGGAAAAACACCAGGUAGUCCCUGAAGCUGCCUCCACAGUUGUCUCUGAUAUGGAACUGCUGCAGGACAGCCAAAAUCUCCAUCAAGAGUGGAGAGAAUGGGACACAAAUGCACAAGAGCAUCAAGGGGGUGGCUCGGUGAAAGACUUACCUGUCGGAGACUGCAUCCUGGACGGUGGGUCCAGGGACAGUGGUUUUCAGGACCACGUUCAACCACUGGAACCUGUGGUGUGUAAAGCACAAGAGCUGGACCAUGAGGGAGACCACCACCACCACCACCACCACCACAGUGGCUCUCCACACAGAAAUGGCGUGAAAGAGGAGAGCAACGGGGCCAGGCCAAAGGUCCCCUGCAGUCUGGGGCCCGGCUUCGGAAGCGAGACCAAAGACGCACAGCUGGACAACCCCUCGCUGUUGCCGGAUAGUAGUGCUGUGAAGGCCCACUGUCAGGACGCGCAGAAUGUCAGCUCUGUUUCAGAGGAGACCCGACUGACAUCGUCACGUGAUGUGGCCAAUAUGAUUAGUGGCACAUCACAGUAUCUCACACACAACAACAGUGUGCAUGGACACCCGGCGGCACUGACAGAGGGAAGCACAGGAGGCAUGAAAGACGCCUCUAUAUCGCGGGAGAACCCGGACUUAGUCAUUGAAGUGGGCGGGCAAAAGAUCCAAGCACACAAAUCUGUCCUAGCCCAGAAAAGUGACUAUUUCAAGGCCCGUCUCUCCCGGGACAUACUUAAAGUGAAAGGCGUCAGCUUCAAGACUCUGUCGACCCUGAUAGAUUAUGUUUACACGUCACAGAUGAAUGUAACCAAGGACAAUGUGGUGGAGGUCAUUACCGGAGCCAAGAUACUGCAGAUUCCUUGUGGUGUGCAAGCUGCGGUGGAUACAAUGUCCCAACAGAUCACCACGGAGAACUGCUACGAGAUCCUGAGCAUAGCCAAGAAGCAGCGACUCAGCGAGCUGAAGGAGACUGCAUACCGGUUCAUGAGCGACAAUUUUCUGCAAGUGCUGAAGGACCCCGCUGUGUACGGCCGCCUGACGGGAUCCGAGCGGGAUCUGAUCCUGAAAACGAGGAUGGAGGGCAGGAAGUCUCUGAUGGUGGUGGAGAUUAACGACGUGUUCGACCGCGUGGCCAGCCGGCCGCCGAGCAGAAACAACAGCCGCCCCCAGAGCCCCCUGUCCGUGGCCUCCUUCGAGGAGAAUCACAUGAUCUACUAUUACUGUGACACCACAAAGGACUGGCGGGCACUGACUGUAAUGCCAGAGGACAUAAACACAAAGGGCUGUGGAAUUUGCACAAUGUACAACUACCUUUUCGUGGCAGGAGGGAUCAAGGGAUACGGCGAGAAAGGAAAGACCUCUGACAAGGUGUUCUGCUACAACCCCGUCACUGACCGCUGGAGCGAGGUGCGGCCCAUGAACCAGGCACGGUCCCAACUGAAGCUGGUGUCCGUGGACAGCUACCUGUAUGCUAUCGGCGGCGAGUGCUUAUUCACUGUGGAGAGAUACGACCCUCGGAUGGACAGGUGGACCACUGUCGCGCCACUGCCCAAAGGAGCCUUCGCCGUGGCCCACGAGGCCACCACCUGCAACGGGGAACUGUACGUCUCUGGAGGGUCCCUGUUCUACCGGCUAUUGAGGUAUGACCCCAAGAGGGAUGAGUGGCAGGAGUGUCCCUACAACAACAGCAGGAAGAGGUCCACGGACAUGGUGGCCCUCAAGAGCUUCAUCUACAGGUUCGACGUCAACAGGGAACAGGGUGUGAACGUGUUCAAGUACAACAGCAUCGUGAAGAUGUGGCACGACUGCUCCUCCCUAGCACAGACGAGCCCCCAGCCCUUUAGGUGCGCCGUCAUCGGGAACUGCAUCUACUGUGUCAACAAGACGCAGACUCUGCAGUUUGUUGUGGAGGAGGAAAAUGCACAAUUCGUGGAGGAGCCACUGAAGGCACCGGUCGAGGCAAAGGGCGUACUGUUUCCGUUCAUCUUGAGUUUGCCAGACCGGGGAGAGAGAAACAUGUAAUUAAGCCCAUUUCUCUUCCUACAAGUCACACAACUGACAAUUACAAGUGGAAGGGAGAGUGUGGGAUUAAGCAUGAUUUUAAUAAUUUAAGCUUUACUUUUUCGUGUAGUUCGACAUGCCCGGUUUAACUGCUCGAAUACAGAAUGUCUCUUUGCAUGGUGGGUGGAACAUGUUUUACAAGGGCGCCUUAAAAAGGACAGUGUUUUGUAUUGAAAUGAAGAAGCAACAUCAUUUAUAUGGUUAUUUUACCAUUUUGCUUUCUUAUGUUAUGUCUGUUUUGUGCACUUUUGUGAUUUUUGUGACUAAAACUAGAAUUUCUGACAGCAUUUAAAUAGGUCUAUUGGUAUUGGCUACAAACUAUGUUAAAGAAAGCACACUAAAACGGUCCUACUCUUUGUGCAAACACAGGUCCUAUGCAACUGGAAACGUGUAGGCAGUGAAUCUAAAUUCUUUUUGUAAACUUAAGCUAAAUGCACCCCCAAUCUUCAACUGUCUUUUCUGUGUUUGUAGAAGUUGGAGAAUGCGCGCACAUCAGUGGUACAGGUGCUGGACAAAAGAGAGUAACUGAAAUAAAUGAUAGAAGUC